AUGCGCACCACCUUCUUCGCUCUCGCUGCCCUCGCCGCUGGCGCCUCGUCCGCCCUCGCCUCGCCCGAGAGCCACCAGGGCAUGGUCAAGGUCGCCAAGCGUGCCAACGCUCCCACUGACACCGAGAUUCUCAACUACGCCUUGACCCUCGAGUACCUCGAGCGCAACUUCUACGCCGACGUCCUCAAGAAGUUCUCGGCUACCGACUUCAAGAAGGCUGGCUACGCGCCGCGCGUCCGCGAGCGCUUCCAGGCUCUCGCCAAGCAGGAGGCCAGCCACGUCCAGUUCCUCGAGGCCGCCCUCGGCACCAACGCUGUGUCGGACUGCUCCUACAUCUUCGGCCUCACUUCGGUCAAGGCCGUCGUCAGCACUGCUCGCCUCCUUGAGAACAUCGGCGUUUCGGCCUACCUCGGCGCCGCGGGCGACAUUCAGAGCAAGGAGUACCUUGCUGCUGCCGGUAGCAUUUUGACUGUCGAGGCUCGCCACGCCUCGUACCUCAACGAGAUCAACGGCGCCUCGGGCUUCCCCGACGCCUACGACUCGCCGCUCGACUACGCUCAGGUCUACUCGCUUGCUGCGCCCAUCAUCAUCCCCAACACCUGUGGCAAGGCUGCCCCUCUCCCCGCUUCGAUCCAGAAGUUCCCGGCCCUCGCGCUCAAGACCAAGACGCCCCGCGCUGGCCACACUUCCGCCUUCAGCUUCGCCCCGAAGCAGGGCUACUCGGGCGACUACUACGUCGCCUUCAUUGCCGACGGUCAGACGCAGUACUCCAAGGUCGGCGCCGAACAGACCGCUCACAUCCCCAAGGGGUUGACCGGCCUUGUCUUCGCCAUCGUCACCACCUCGCCCAACGCCCUCACCGACGCCAACACCGUCGCCGGCCCGGCUCCCAUCUUCCUCGCCUAA